UCUUUCUAAUAAAUUAUUCUUUGACAGGUUAUGUACAAAUAAGCAUUCACUAAACAUACUCUUUGAAAGUAAUGUAAAAACCAGCUGAUUACUCAUUUAUUUUUUGUCGGAAAAUUCAAAUUACUUGCUGUUUUUUUUUUAACCGAAUUGUUUGUGUGUGCUUAUUUCUUACCAUAGAUGUAUUCUAAAAGCAAUCGCAGCCUACUGAAUUUGAUACUGAGCGCAGCAAAACAACAAUCUAUAAGACAACAAUCCAAUUGCAUGGCUGGAAUGGAGAAAUUUGGUUUACCAAAACGUUUACAGGGCAGUACACCUAGUGUCUGGAAUGAGUAUAUUGCAUUGGCAAUGCAGUACAAGCCAUUAAAUUUGGGACAAGGCUUUCCAGAUGAAGCACCGCCAAGCUAUGUAAUGGACGCUUUAGCAGAUAUUGCCAAAAGUGAAAAUCCAAUGAUGCAACAAUAUACGCGUGGAUAUGGGCAUUUGCGUCUAGUACAAAAUCUUGGCAAGCUUUAUUCAAAACUAGUUGGUCGAGAAAUUAAUCCCCUGAGUGAAAUUAUUAUAACAUCUGGUGCCUACGAAGCGUUAUAUUCAUCAAUUAUGGGUCACGUGGACGUUGGUGAUGAAGUCAUUAUAAUAGAACCUUUCUUCGACUGUUAUGAACCAAUGGUAAAAAUGGCUGGUGGAAUACCACGUUUUAUACCCUUGAAACCAUGUAAAACGGAAGGUUCAAUAAGUUCUGCUGAUUGGGUGUUAGACGAUACUGAAUUAGAGAAGAUUUUCAAUGAAAAGACGAAAAUGAUCAUUUUAAAUACACCCCAUAAUCCCAUUGGAAAAGUUUUUAAUAAGCAAGAGUUGCAAAAAAUUGCAGAUUUAUGUCAUAAAUGGAAUGUACUUUGUAUUUCGGAUGAAGUCUAUGAAUGGUUGGUUUUUGACAAUAUUGAACACAUACGUAUCUGUACAUUGCCUGGCAUGUGGGAGCGUACAAUUACAAUUGGUUCCGCUGGCAAGACAUUUUCUGUAACUGGUUGGAAGAUAGGCUGGGCAUAUGGUCCAGCUAAUUUAAUAACAAACUUACAAAUGAUACAUCAAAAUUCGGUUUAUACAUGUCCUACACCAAUACAAGAAGCGGUAGCAUGUUCUUUUGAGGUAGAACUUGGACGACUUGAUUCACCGGAUUGCUAUUUUCGUAGUUUACCAAAAGAAUUAAAGGUAAAACGCGAUUUUAUGGCAAAAUUCUUACAGGAUGCUGGUAUGAAGCCUACAGUACCAGAGGGUGGUUACUUUAUGUUAGCUGAUUGGACUAAUUUAGAAAAACAAAUCAAUAUAAAUGAGGAAAAAGACAAAUAUCGAGACUACAAAUUUACAAAAUGGAUGACAAAGAAUAUGGGAUUACAAGGAAUUCCUCCCAGUGCAUUCUACAGUGAACAAAAUAAAAACUUAGGAGAAAAUUUCGUGCGGUAUUGCUUCAUUAAAAAGCAAGAAAAUUUGGAGAAAGCAGCUGAAUUGCUUAAAAAAUUAAAUAAAUAACUACUUAAGCAAAGAAUACCCUAAAAUAUUCUUUGCACUGAAGUCUGUAUAUCUUGCAACCAACGGAUUUAAUUAUAAUUGUAAAUAAAUAUAUAUCUUAUAUUACAAAAAAAUAUAUUGCUGCAAUUCAUUU